UUGUAGCCUGAGCAAAUUCGUGUUUGUUUUGAAAUAAAUUUCGACUUUAUUUUACAUAAAAAGCGCAAGUAAGAUGUAAAAUCUUAUAUCCAAUAGCACUAACUAGCGUUUGAAUAUUAAAAUGUCAAUAGUUAAAACGUGUCCGGGAUUGUAUUGUGGGCGGACAGAGCAAGAAGAUGGUUCUUGGAGUGAAUGUGGUGCAUGCCCGCGGGGGUUUCGCACCAAUGCUACCAGUUACUGUAUGCCUUGUGCGGACGAGCCUACUCUCUACGACUGGCAGUAUCUUGGCUUCAUGGUGCUGUUGCCUCUAGUAUUGCACUGGUUUUUUAUUGACAUGGUCGCCGUCGGCAAAGGCAAAACUGGCAUCCUUGCACAGCACAUUUGUGCCUUUACAGAAGUGCUGACGGGCACUUUAGCAGCACUGUUAGUGCUACCUCCAACUGGGAGUAUAGCUCUGCAUGUGUGCACACCAAAGGCUCUAUCAGACUGGUACACAUUGCUACACAAUCCACAGCCUGAUUAUAAGGAGACUUUGCAUUGUACACAAGAGGCUGUUUAUCCUUUGUACACAAUAGUUCUCCUGAUAUAUGCCUUCAGCCUGGUGAUGACUAUAUCUCUCCGGCCGUGGGUGUUGACCAUGAAUUCUCCCAACCCUGGCAAGAAGGCUAUAUACUGCGCUCUCUACUUCUAUCCUAUACUGGUGUUAAUCCACACAGUGGCAGCUGGGCUGAUUUAUUGUUCGUUCCCCUACAUUAUAAUCAUAAUAUCGAUGAUGACGUCAGCAUCGCACUUCUCAAUAAAAAUCGACCAGUCCGCCCCAGCGCUGCUUCUAUCUUCCAUGACGAAUACACGCAACUUGAUAAUACUAAUAGGCCAUUGGUUGGUGCAUGCUUACGGGAUAAUCUCCCUUACCGGGUUCAAGGAACUAUGGUACUUGUCUCUGGUACCUGCUCCAGCGCUGUUUUACAUUUUGACCGCUCAGUUCACUGACCCCAUGAAGAUACAUAACGACUGACAAGGACGCCAGGCGCGACAAGCGUUCGUGAAGCUAAGAGACCUGAAUAGUGAGUGAAGUGACGAGGUUUUAAUACUUAUUUAAGUACAGAUUGUAAAUAGAAUGAGUGUUAUAAACCUGAAGAUUUCACAGUGGAUUAAUACCUUAAUGGUUGAAGACUUAAAGCUUAAGCUGUAGACUGACAAACCAAACGGUUAUAAGCGACAAUGACAUUAGAAUCGUAGGUGUGAUUUGAUG